UGUGGAUGACGCAUCUCUUCAGAGAUAUACGUUGGUAUCUUGGGCUAAUAGCGAAGAGAGACAGUCGCAUUUUGUUACCUUUCAGUUGUAAAGUUUUCAUUCAAGCAGUUCUUUUCUUCGUAUCGCUUACAUCGAUGAGACAAACAUCUCUUCUCAUUUUUUCCUCUCUUUUUGGGGGGUCAAAUUACACCAUCAGCAACUUCUGAUCGUGGAUUUUCCCAUUUAUCUCAAACAUUUUUGUGAUAGAAUUCAAACGCUGAACAUUUAUUCAUUUCUGUUCUUUACUUUAAACUGCAGUAAACCCAUUUCUGUACAAACUUUGAAAAUAGACGUAUUGACUAGAUUUUCACUGCUAUUACGUUAAACAAGCGGAACGAGGAGUUUACCAUCCAUCUGCAGUUUGAGGAUAAAUCCUCGAUUACGGCUAUUAUAGCUUAAUGAAACAUAACUUAAAACAACUGUUAAAAGCAACAUGUCGGCGUACAAGUUCUACGUUUAUUUCCGACUAGUUACGCUAACCUUCGCUAUUUUAAUCAAUGGCUUCACGCUUUGGUUAAUCCUCUACGUGCCGAAGUUGCGGGACCAGCGCAACAUCUUCACCUUCAACCUCGCGAUGGCGGACUUUGUGGCAGCAACUUGCGAAAUGUUCAUUGCAACAGUGGCAUCAUACGAAGUGAAGACGGGGUUAAAGGUCAUCUUUCACUGCGCCAUCCUCGUCUCCGUCCUAAGUGUCCUGGCCGUCGCUUGCUACCGCUUCAUCGCCAUCGCCUUCGACCCCUUCGGAAGUCGUAACCUGAUCACCGCGCCCCGCUGCAUCGUCGGUAGCGUACUGAUGUGGGUCCUGCUGGCCGUGCCGAUGCUGGUGCUGAAAUACUGCUCGAGCGUCUACAGCAUGUUCCUCCUCCUCAUCAACCCCAUCAUCAUGUUCACCAGUCUGGCGAUCACGGCCUUUUGUUACGUCAUGACCUACAAGGAUAUCUCGGCAGCGGGCAGGGAUGCGGGAGGCAUCGACCAAAUCAAGAGUCGCCUCAAAGAAAAUCGAAAGGUUCUGGCCACGUUCGCUGUCAUUACCUUGACCAGUUGCAUCUGCUGGAUCGUGCACUGCUUCCACGAUAUCCUCCAGAUCUACGCCAUCUACUACGACAACAUCGACGCCGUCAGCAACAUCCUCGUCGCCCUCAACUUCGUCAUCGACCCGGUCAUCUACUGGUGGCGACUGGACGAGUUCCGCGCCGUCCUCGUCAAGCUGGUGUGCCGAAGCGCGCUCGCUCGUCGUGUCCGUCGUCUACGCGGGAAGGUGGAAGAUAGCUCGACGUCGGGUUCAUCCAAGGUGUUCAGUGUUUCUGAUACGACCAAGGUUGUCAAUAUGCCGAUGGAAUCAGAUGCCUGAAC